UUCAUCUUGGGGAAGAUGGAGACUCCUCGUGGCCUACUCCAGUCAGAUGCCUCGGCCGAUCAGGUGGCUUCCGAACGGUCAGACUCUGUUCAACAACAUGGGGUUGAUAAGGAGCAUGCCAUGCUGGCACCGUUCACAGCCGGAUGGCAGACCGCAAUCUCGCCGACAUUGAUUAUCGAGAGAUCUGAGGGCUGUUAUAUUUAUGAUGCCAACGGAAACAAGUAUCUGGAUGCCCUUGCAGGAUUAUUGUCUACAGCUUUAGGUGGUAGUGAGCCUCGAUUAGUCAAAGCUGCAACAGAGCAAUUGAACAAGCUGCCUUUCUACCACUCCUUUUAUAAUCAUACAACAAGACCCUCUUUGGAUCUUGCGAACGAACUUAUUAGCAUUUUCACUGCCAGGCAAAUGGGGAAAGUGUUCUUUACCUGCAGUGGUUCGGAAGCAAAUGACUCUCAGGUCAAGCUAGUAUGGUAUUAUAACAAUGCAUUGGGGAGGCCAAAGAAGAAGAAAAUCAUUGCACGAUCACAAUCGUAUCAUGGGACAACAUACAUAUCAGCUAGUCUAUCUGGUCUUCCUACGUUGCACCAAGACUUUGAUCUGCCAGGAAAUUUUGUUCUACACACAGACUGCCCUCACUACUGGCGUUUUCACCUCCCUGGUGAGACGGAAGAAGAAUUUGCAACUAGACUUGCCAAUAAUUUAGAGAAUCUUAUCCUCAAAGAAGGACCAGACACGAUUGCUGCCUUCAUUGCUGAACCUGUGAUUGGUGCUGGUGGUGUCAUCCUGCCUCCAAAAACAUAUUUUGAGAAGAUUCAAGAAGUUGUUAAGAAGCAUGACAUCCUUUUCAUAGUUGAUGAGGUCAUUACAGGAUUUGGAAGGUUGGGGGCUAUGUUUGGAUCUGAUUUGUAUGACAUCAAACCAGAUCUUGUUUCCUUGGCAAAGGCUCUUUCUUCUGCAUAUGCCCCCAUUGGAGCAAUACUUGUUAGCCGGGAAAUAUCAGAUGUAAUUUAUUCUCAUAGCAAUAAGCUUGGUACAUUUGCUCAUGGAUUUACAUACUCUGGACAUCCUGUUUCAUGUGUUGUGGCUUUAGAAGCAUUAAAAAUUUAUCGGGAAAGAGAUAUUCCUGGUCAUGUAGCACAUGUUGCACAAAGAUUCCAGGAGGGGAUCAAGGCCUUUGCAGCCAAAAGUCCAAUUAUUGGGGAGACGCGUGGUGUAGGAUUGCUGAUAGCAACAGAGUUCACUGACAACAAAUCACCAUAUGAUUUAUUCCCUUUUGAGUGGGGCAUAGGUGAAACAUUUGGGGCGGAGUGUAAGAAACGUGGUAUGGUGGUUAAGGUUCUUGGGAACUUGAUAGCGAUGUCCCCACCACUGAUAAUAACCCUUGAAGAAAUUGAUAAACUGGUGAGCAUAUAUGGAGAAGCCCUAAAGGUCACAGAGGAAAGAGUAGCGGAGUGUAAAGCCAAGAAGGAGUAGUUAGCAUAUGCAAUGCAUAAUAAUGGUGGCAAGGUUGCGGCGAUGAUAUUGGUUUGUGCAUGGAAUAAAUCCCUUGGUGUUGAGUUUUUAAAUAAUUUGUUAAGAUAUUUAUCGUAUUGGGCCAAAAGAAGGCUAUUAUCUUUCUAAAAGAGCGCAAAUUGUAUUUUUUUUCAUGAAAGAAUGUAUAUUUUGAUUAUCUCAAGAAUAUAUAUGGAAAAUGUG